AUGGCAUCUCACAGUGCCACAGCGGCUUCAGAGCACAUCACCCUCCCCUUCGACCUCCGAACUCACCCUAGAGCGUUAUACAAACCAGAGAACACAAAGUUGCUAGAAAACUUAUUCCCGGGGACCUAUGAGCUAUCGACGGAUGGCAUGUUCAUUUACUUCCUCCAGACAGAGAUGCCACCGAAGCCGUGGCCAAAAUCAGUUGCCGGACUCACCCCUUACUUCGCGCUGAGGAUGAGUCGGCAAUAUACGCCUUGUCUCAUUGGAUUUCAAGUACCGAUGAGAAAUAGAGCGAUUGCUGAGAGUGUGGUGGAAGGGAGGGAUAUGGCGGACUGGGAACUGCUGUUUAUUAUCAUCCGGAACUACUUUCGACAGGUAGAGAUAUCGAUUACGGAGGUUAUGUACUGGAGCAAUUCUGUGGUUGUUAUACUUCAGCACAGGGAUAUUAAUAUAAGGAAGCUUCCCUGGAAAGUGUCGAAUAUAGGGGUAUUCUACCGCUAUGAAGAUGAGAUGGACAGGCCAUCCACGCCUCAAUCUCGCUGUGAAACCGACACAAGGCUAGAGAACCAGGUCCUGCUCCAGAGACUAACUCCUGCUAAGGGUCGACGAACUGGCGAAUUCCUUUUCUUGGUCGCAUCUGAUACAGAUCUCAUAGAGGGAAGCUUCAAGGUCACCUCGUUCCAGCGAGUUGAGGAACAGUGGGUAUUCACGAUUUGGUUGUACAUGGGACAGGAUUCGUCAGAUACCGUGUCUCCGGUAUAUGGGACUGCUAUUUGGACAUCUGAUGGGGAUGUUCUGGGCUUCGUUCGAUACGCCCCAACAGUGGGGUUGAUGAAAGAUUGGUGCGCGGGGAUCGCGGCUGAUGAAUUUAUUGAUAGAGAAGGGUUGCUUCACAAUUAUUGA